ACCUGCCUGAAGUUUUGAGUAAGAGGGGGUGGAAACUGCACCAGCACCGCCCUCUCGCAGGCCCUGCGGGCCCCUGCGGUCUGCCGGUCACAGUGGGUCCCACAACUUCCUCACUUCCCUAAAUGGGCAACUUCAUAUUUAGAACCCCAGGUCUUCCCUGGCAGCCCCAAGUGGUACGUCCAGCAUAGGCCUGGGGCCCUAACCUCGGAUCCCUGCCCCCUGCUGGACUUGUGCCCGUCCCCACUGCUCGGAGCCAUGGCUCCCGCCUUGCUGCUGCUGCUGUGGCUCCAGGGCCCUGUCGCAGGUGCCCCUGUCGAGAGCGUGUACUCCAAAGUGCGGCACUUUGAAGGGGAGACUCUGUCUGUGCAGUGCUCCUACAAGAGCCGCAAAAACCACACAGAGGGUAAGGUUUGGUGCAAAAUCAGGAGGAAGAAGUGCGAGACUGUGUUCACCCGUGUUGGGGUGCAGGGGCCGCGCUAUUUGCUGCAGGACGAUACCCAGGCCAAGGUGGUCAGUAUCACCAUGGCGGCCUUGAGGCGCCAGGACUCGGGCCGGUACUGGUGCAUGCGCAACAGCUCUGGCGUCCUCUACCCUCUGAUGGGCUUCCUGCUGGAAGUGUCUCCAGCCUCCACAACCAAGAGAAACACUCCUCUUACGAAGCUGCCCACCAUCCUCCAGAGUGGAACUGUCGUCACAGCAGGCCCAGCCCUCACCUCAGGCCCUGAUGCCCCUUUCACCACCAGCACGACGGUGUUCACACCUGGACUUCUCACCUUGGCUAGACUCUUGCCCUUCCCUGCCUCAGGGAGCAUCAGACUGACCUCUGUGACGGGCUACGGCUUCACUGGCACCAGCCCCUCCACCACGGGGCCCAGUAGGACCAUGGGGCCCCAGACAGUGACUGCGUCUCCCAGCAAUGCCGGAGCCUCCGCUGCUGGCCCAGCCUCCACCCCCACUAAGGCUGGGCACCUGUGCACCAUGGGAUCGCCCACCACGGGAAUGUGCCCCACUGGCAGGUCUCUCCUCAACCUAUUAUCCCCCAGCAGGCACCAGGACUUCUAUCCUGCUGUGCUCGUGGCGGUGCUGGCCUUGCUCCCAGUGCCUGUGAUGCUGAUCGUGGUCUAUGGGUUCUGGAAGAAGAGACACAUGGGAAGCUACAGCAUGUGCCGUGAUCCUGCCAGAUCCUGGAGGUACCCAUCCACAAGACCAGAGCCUCCGUGGAAGCCUGCUUGGUCUGAAGCCACUUAACUGUAUGAUGGGGGGGAGCUUCUCC